AGCAGCAGAGAGGUAGGGACGUCUUAUUUGAUAUAUUUUACAGAAGAUCAUUUAGGCAGAUACAUUUUGUAUUUUGCCUCGCAAAAGUCAAACUUCCGUAAAAUAUCUGCAAUGGCUUUUAGAGCAUUUACACAAACACAUAUCUAUGAAAAGCAAUUAGCCCCAAAAGAAAAGGACAAAUCCAGCAUCCACUGCCUUGAGUGCUAUGACCGAAAUGUGUAUAUAGGGACCAAAGAUGCAACAGUCCAGCAUCUCAUCCUUACCAGUAGCACAAAUGGAGAUCUGAGUCCUGGCCAGAGCAAAAUCAGAGAGGGUAGGGUGAGAAAACUAGGCUCAAGCAACAAUGUAGCCCAACUGAGGGUAGUCUCACUUUUCAACUAUCUGCUGGUCCUGUGGGACCGGAGCGUUAUUGCCCUCAACAUGUUCUCCUUGGAGCCUGUUCCCACCCUGAAGAAGAUCCAGCAUGUGUCUUUGUUUGAGGUGUGCGACUCGUUGCUUGCAGCCCAGACAGCAUGUGUGGAGAUGGUGACUUCCUCCAGCCGCAGGAAGGUGAUCCGGAUCCACGUUGUGGGAGUGGACAGGUGGGACGUUGUAAAGGAAGUCCCUCUGCUCCAGGACCCUGUGGCCUUGGCAGUAGAUGGUGCCAGUGUUUGUGUAGCUACCAGCGACAGGUAUCUCCUCUGUGAUAUUCGGACUGGGAGCAGUGAAGAGCUUUUCCCUCACAAUCACAGCAGGCAGCGUGUUAUUGUUACCUCAGUGGGACGAGGGGAAUUCCUCCUGAACGGACCUGAAUCUUUGGGCAUGUUUGUGAUGAAGACAGGGAUAUGCCAGCGCCCUCCCCUACAGUGGCCUCAGGAGGUGCUGGCAGCCGGAGUGUGUUUCCCUUACAUUCUAACCCUAGAGCCCCAAGUGCUGUCUGUCUACAGCAUGGUAGAUCAGCAGAUCAAACAGACUGUGAGUCUCAGCGGCGCAAAGGGUCUGCUCUCCACAUCAGAUGGUGUGUUAGUGUUCACAGAGAGAGACAUUUUCAGCCUGCGUCUGGUGCCACUCGAUCAGCAGAUCCAGGCACUCGUCAGGAAUGAGAGGGUCGAGGAGGCCUUGUUGCUGCUGGACGGAGUUCAAGGCCAUCGUCCACUUGACUCAUACAAGGAGCUGCAGAAGGCCAUCACUUGCCUGGCUGGAUUUGUUCAUUUUUACCGGGAGGGUUUUUCCGAGGCCAAAGAACUAUUCAUUAUAGGUGAGCUGGACCCCAGAGAAAUCAUUCACCUCUACCCUGACAUGCAGUCAUGUCUCAGCGAGGACUUUAAAUCCCAGCUUGAUCAAGUGAACAAGGGCAAGGAUCUCCAGGUGCUCUGCCAAGAGGACAGGAACACAUUUCAUCAUUACCUGGCCUUCCUGGGAGAAUUUCUUAGAGCAGUCAGGAGGACGGAGCAAGGCCUGAAGUAUACUCAGGAGGUGGACUGCGCCCUCCUGUGGCUGUACUUAGAACUGGGAGACACUGAAAAUCUGCAGCAGCUUGUGGCAUCUCCCAAUGAGUGCAGGCUGGACCACUGUGUUCCUGUUUUGGAGAAACACAACAGAUUUUUUGCAUUAGGUUCCCUCUAUCAAAGCCAUGGAAAUCAAAUUGAUGCAAUUGAGACUUGGGUGAAAAUUGCAGAUGGCUUCCACAAAGACCCCUCUUGCUCAGAUGUAUAUGGACACAUAGUGUGGACUCUCAGUCAGCUGCAAGACAGAGAUGCUGUGUGGAAAUUUGCAGACUGGACUCUUCAGAGAAACCAGGAGAUAGGGGUGCAGAUUUUCAACAAGCGUCCACCAGAUGAUCAAUUUGAGGCUCAAAACGUCCUUGCUCUCUUGGAGAAGUACCCACUGGCGUUGCUUUUGUAUCUUGAGUUCUUAAUCCAUGAUUUGAACAGUAAGGAGGAGAGACAUCACAACCGUCUGGCCCUGGCAUAUGUUACUCAGACGCUGCGAGAGGAAGAAAAAGCAGAUUUGAGGAAGACCAGAGGAAAGUUGCAGCAGCUGCUAUGGGAAUCCAAAUGCUAUGAUGUCUCCACUGUAUACGAGAGAGUCAAGUCAGCAACCCUGUACAUAGAGAAAGCCAUUCUCCUCGGUAGGACCGGUGAACACUCUGAGGCACUGCAAGUGCUUGUUCACCAGGAGGGAGACCUCCAGGCUGCAGAGGCCUACUGCUGCAGGGCUGCACAGGGCCGGGACUCACAGUUCAGACAGACCCUGCUGCUCACGCUGCUCCAAAUCUACCUGAGCUCUGAGGCGCUCACCAGCGCUGCUGUGGAUCUGCUCAACAACAACCCUCGGGUCUUCGUGGCAGAGAAGAUCAUCCAGCUCCUGCCUGAUUCCUGGUCUAUUCAACUGGUCUCCCAGUUCUUAGUUAGAUCUCUCCGAGAGUCCUUCCACCAGAGGCAGAUGGUGAGGCUGCAGAAGGCUUUGGGCCAGGUAGAGUGCAUGCGGCACAAAGCCAUUUGGCAGAUACAGGCCUCAAAUACAAAGUUCAGACUGGGCAAGGGGCAGAAGUGCAAGGUUUGUCAGAGAGACCUUGCAGAGCCACAGUUUGCCUGUAACCUCCAUGGUGAGCUGAUGCACACAAGCUGCACUGGCUUUUCAUCAUCGUGAAGCCACCGAUAUAGCAAUCUCUUGUCUGUUUAUGCAAAUGUUUGUAUCUAUGCACUCUUGGGAAUCACAGUCAUUUUGUUUUUUUGGCCAUUUUAGGCCUUUAUUUGUAUAGGACAGCUUAGAUUUG